AUGGGUCGCCCGCAGCUCUUCAACGCUCUCAUCCGCACCCACCACAUCACCUCGCGCAAAAAGGUGCAACGCCUACGCAAGGCGGCCGACGACCAGGGGCUCCGCUUCGUCCUCCUCCGCAGCGGCGGCUCCCCCGGCAUCAUGUACGCCGAGGCCAGCGGGGAGGAGCCGUUGAGGGACUGGGUCGGGGCCGUCCAGGCGCUCCGGUACAAGGACUACCGGUUAUGGAAUGAGCUCGCCAGGGAGCCACGCAUGAUGAGCCCGCGUCGGCCGACAUGUCCUGGGCCGCCGCUUUCCUUACUACUCAAGGAUUCGUGCACCACUUGCCGUGUCUACCGUUUAACAAACAGCGAUAUGAGGGUGACGACAACAAAGCUGUUGGCCUCGCACAUUCACCCACCUGACAUGUUGGUGAAGCGUAUGGCAGUGGCAAUCGUGCUGGUGACUGGGCAAACCGGCAGCUAUCAAAACUAG